AGAGUACAAGCAGGCCAUUAUCUCUGCCUUGCUCAUAAUAUUUGUGGAGGUUUGAAUCUUGCCCCUCCAUGCCCUGGAGGGUCAUUUAUUUGCUAUGUGAAAUACUGGGCAUCAGUACCCCAGGAGGAUCACACACAGCUGUAGGAGGGUCCUCCAGCCCAUUGUGUCUGGUUACACACUUGGGAAUGUUGCCUCUUGCCCCUCUGGGGCUCCUAACUUAGUGAGGUCAACCCAAACCCACCUGGCCCCUCCAGUCACAUCCCAGAGUGCUCCCAGGACUCUCAGCCUCAGGACUUUUCUGCCUGCUUCUGCCUGCUCAGGAACCUUCCUUCCUCUUGGGUAACCCGCCUACCUCCCAGAGGUUGAGUUCGGUUUUUCCAAGAUGACAAGACAAGCACCUCUUCAGCAGAGCUGAGUCCAACCCUCCCAAGCAAGAGGACUUGAUCUUGAGUUUAGGUAACCUAAGUACACCCUUUUGGAUCUCUAGCCUGGACUUUAGCUACCCCAACCCUCUUUCUCAAUCAUCUUUGAAGUUUGGAAGGCUCUGGAGGUAGGGAACUGGCAGUAUCCAUUAUAAAAACCACCUGUGUAAAUCCUAAAUAAAUCCUCAUCUUUUCUCAAAUUUAAACAGAAUUUUAAGGCCAGCUUAAAGGUUAGUUUGUCCAACAAGCAACUUCUCUACCAUACAGCCGCCACAAGGCCAAGAGAUGCUUCAGGAUGCAUUUCCUCCAAGUAGGCACCAGGUGUCGCUGUGAGCUCGUUGUCCCGACUACCCCCCAAUUCCAAGAACCAUUUUUUUCUCCCCCUGGCUCCUCUUUCUCUCUCCCUCUCCCUCCCCCCCCCCCACCCCGGGUUGGGCUUUGCCAACAUAUCAAGAUGCGUUUCGCCCGCUUCCAUCACUAACCUCCCGGAGGUCAUCAAGCCAAAUUUAUGAGUGGCCGCUCCAGUCACGUGACUCUAUUUAAGGCUCCCUUAUUUGGGAAGAGCGCAUAGGAUAAAGAAAGAGAUAUCUCCACCUAUAAAUUGUGCACUUUGGAGAACAAAAAACCCCUCAACUUCAAAGAGUCACAAAUCACCCUUAAUCAAAAAGGGUGCAGAAAUUUUUUUGGGCCCUCCCCGCCAUGAGCUCCUACGUAGCCAAUUCAUUCUAUAAGCAGAGCCCCAAUAUCCCUGCCUAUAACAUGCAAACUUGUGGGAACUAUGGAUCGGCCUCAGAGGUGCAGGCAUCCAGGUACUGCUACGGCGGAUUGGACUUAAGCAUCACUUUCCCACCGCCUGCGCCUUCCAACUCUCUCCACGGGGUAGACAUGGCUGCCAACCCCCGGGCUCACCCCGACCGCCCCGCCUGCAGCGCUGCGGCCGCUCCGGGACACGCUCUGAGCAGAGACGAAGCGGCUCCUCUGAACCCCGGGAUGUACAGUCAGAAGGCGGCUCGCCCGGCGCUGGAGGAGCGAGCUAAGAGCGGUGGGGAGAUCAAAGAGGAGCAGGCGCAGACAGGGCAGCCCGCCGGACUGAGCCAGCCACCGGCCCCGCCACAGAUUUACCCGUGGAUGACCAAACUGCACAUGAGCCACGAGACAGAUGGCAAGCGGUCCCGAACCAGUUACACGCGCUACCAGACCCUGGAACUCGAGAAAGAAUUCCACUUUAACCGCUACCUCACUCGCCGCAGGCGCAUAGAAAUCGCCAACAACUUGUGUCUCAACGAGAGACAGAUCAAGAUCUGGUUCCAGAACCGCAGGAUGAAGUGGAAGAAAGAUUCCAAAAUGAAGAGCAAAGAGGCUCUUUAGAGGAAGCGGGGAGCCUGCAGAGAGCACCCCAGUCGGCUUUGGUCCCUGCGCCCUUCCUUUUCGGUUUUCCUCCUUCUAGAUUUUGGGGCGAAGGCUGGAGCACUGGCUUCAGGCCUCCCAGACAAAAGCGCAUUUCCUUGGCAUUCCGAAUCCCCAUCGACCCAGGGUUCCGCAGGACGGCCUGCACUGCCCAUCUCGCCUCAGCUCAGCUGAGCACCCCAGGCCCAGGACACACUCUUAUAGGGUUUGCCCGCAGGGCUGCGGUGUACUACCGGCCGGUGCUGGAUGAGCCUCAACCUGGGCUGCCUCUCCGGCUCCUAGCCAAAGCUAGGCCAGCCUGAGUUAAGGUGAGACAGACCGGCCGCAACCCCUUAGCCCCGACCUCCACCUCACCCUCUCCUUUGUUCCUGCCUAGGCUGGCCAGGCCGCUGAAGGCUGGUGGUGCCAGGCAGAGGGUCUGACCAGACUCGGGGUGCUUUCCUAUAGCAACUAACCUUUAUAGCUUCUAAACUCGUCUUUACUUAUUAAUGAUUUGCAUAUGAAAGAGAGGUGAGUGAAAGUGGGCCUGUAUUCCCUGGAGGUUGUCCUCUGCUCUCCAAACCUUCUAACCCCCUCCCCAAAGCCCGGGAACCUCCCCAGCCUGGCCUGCUGCAUGCCCUCUCAGGUUCACAGCCCCAGCCUGCUACCUAGCUCAACUAUUGGGGUCUCUUGCCUCUGGACCCCAGAAAGUGGUUCUUGAGGCUCUUUUGCUAUCCUAUAUAUCUUGCCAUGACUUUCCCACCCUCCUGCCCCACUGCAGUCGCCCAACUAUUUAUUGACUCCAGAUCCUUCCUGAAACUAUAUUUUGUCAUAACAAAUAAAGACGAAGAAAGAACAA